AUGGAUAAUUGCUGUGGAAUUAUGAUGAUGCAGUCAUCACAUCCUUCAUUUAUAGAUCAGUAUAAAAAUAUGGUGGUUACAACUCAGGUUGCAGAAUCUAUAUUUCAUUCACAAUCAUGCUCCUUUCACCCACUUACAUAAAAUCAUACUUUAAUCUUAACUUCUGGGUAUUUAUUAGCUAAAUUUGCUGAGGAUAUUAAUACUUUUGAUACUGAUUAAAUCAAAAAGCAUGUAAAAUUUGGUUUACUAAAGGAACAAAAUAAAUUUGUUGAAUUAAAUCUUCUAUGCUUAACUUAUGAAAAAUCAAUUGUUGAUUGUUUAAAUCAGUUUGAUAUUGAUAGGCAUGUUGGAUAUGUCUUAUAUUUAGAGAUGCUGAAUUCAAAAGAAACUUUAAUAAUACCUAAAUAUAUUGAUGGUCCCCUCAAAGAAGGUCAAUAAUUGAUAUCAAUUAGUUCUCCAUUUGCAAUAUAAGGUUAAGAAAUGUAUAAAAACUACUUUAAGAAGGCAAUCAUAUCUUAAAUCAUCACAAACAAUAAAUUUGAACAAUAGUUAAUAGUCUUAGACCUAAUUAGUUAAACUGGAUAAGAAGGAGGGGCUAUAUUUAAUUCAAAUGGAGAAUAUGUAGGUAUGAUUCUCUAAAAUGUCUAAAUUGGUUAGGCUUAUAAUCGCUAUUUCACAUUUUGUCUGAAUUGGAAAGUUAUAAAUUCUAUUUUCUAAUCAAAUUUCAAUUUACUGUCAAUACAAUAAUUAUUUUUAUAAUCAUAACUAAUUGAUUAAAUGUUUUUGGCAUCAAAUUUUGUUCAAUCUGAUUUUGGUCAAAUAGGCAGUGCAGUUAUUAUUAAUGACAAGAUGAAUCAAAAAAGCUAUAUACUAACGGCUUCCAAUUUCCUUAUUAAUAAUGGAAAAGGCUCGAAAAUCUUAGUAGGUUUGAAUUAAAUUAAAGGUAUACUUUUGGAGGACUUUAAAAAAUCUUAUAAUAUUACUUUAGCAAAAUGUGGAGAAUAUUUAUAAAGUAGUUUAUUUAUAGAAGACUUUAUAAAUUAUAAGGAAUUAGAAGUUGGAUAACCUGUUUAUUUGAUUUGUUAUUAAGAGGGAGUAUUUUAAAAUCAGCCAUAUAUUUCAAGAGGGCGAAUAUUGAAAUUAAUUAAGAAUGAGAUAGAUGAAAAUUCUACCAUCAUAACUAAUUGCUAUCUCAAGAACUGUUUAAAUGGAGGGGGAUUGUUUUCAGAGUAAGGAAAACUAAUUGGAUUAUUAUCAAAUGUUGUAAAUUAUAUGAGUGAAGGAAUCUUUUGUGGGUUAACUAUUUUCACACCAAUUCUAUUAUUUGAUUAAUUAUUCAAAGAUUUAUAUUACUAAAAAUAAAUUACAGAGUUUACAUUAUAAAAGUUAAGAAUGAUUUAAUAGUUGAGCAACCAUUCUCCUUAUGUAUAAAGUUAAUAUGGUUAACAGAACCCUAAGUUAUGA